AUGCUGACAUUCCUGAUAGCUUCGAUGCUCGUAACCCAAUGGCCUGCGUGCAAGUCGAUCUCCCUCAUCCGAGACCAGUCUGACUGUGGUUCCUGCUGGGCUUUCGGAGCCGCUGAGGCGAUGUCCGACAGAAUCUGCAUUGCUAGCCAAGGAAAGACUCAGGUCACAAUCUCAGCGGACGAUGUGCUAUCAUGCUGUGGAAAGAAAUGUGGUGAUGGAUGCGAAGGUGGAUAUCCAAUCGAAGCUUGGAAGUACUGGGUAAAGACUGGAAUUUGCACAGGAGGAUCAUACGAAUCACAGUCUGGAUGCAAGCCGUACCCGAUUCCCCCAUGCGGUCAUCACCCAAAUCAGACCUAUUUCGGACCCUGCCCCACAGACGAGUACGACACACCUGUAUGUACGAACAAGUGCAUCGCUGGAUACAGCAAGUCCUACAGCGAUGAUAAAUAUUACGGUACAUCCGCCUACAAUGUUGCCAAGACUGUUGCUGGUAUCCAGAAGGAAAUCAUGACUAAUGGACCCGUGGAGGCCGCUUAUACCGUCUAUGAGGACUUCUACCAGUACACUGGUGGAGUAUACACCCACACUGGUGGAGCUGCGCUCGGUGGUCAUGCAGUCAGAAUUCUUGGAUGGGGUGUCGACAACAAGACCCCAUACUGGC